CCUCUCCCUUAUUCCUGUAAACUGAGCCUCAGAAGGGAAAAAAAAAAAUGUACAUAAUCUUGAUAUCUAGAAGGUGAAAGAUCCCUUGCAACAAUUUCCUUAGUUUCGAUUGCCGUAUAUUCCGCAUCUCUCUCCCCCCCACGAUAUUCCGUUCUUUCUUCUUCCCUUCCGCUGAACGCACGCCAUCGGAGGAGCAGAGGUGGUCGAUGGCGGUGUCGAACCCGGCGAACCUCCUGUUACAGAAGCAGCUCAGGGAUCUGAUGAAGAAUCCGGUGGAUGGCUUCUCUGCCGGGUUGGUGGACGAUAGUAAUGUCUUCGAGUGGAACGUGACCAUCAUCGGGCCACCUGACACGCUAUAUGAUGGUGGUUUCUUCAAUGCAAUUAUGAGCUUCCCGCCCAAUUAUCCUAACAGUCCUCCAUCAGUGCGGUUUACAUCAGAGAUGUGGCACCCGAAUGUUUAUCCGGAUGGGCGUGUUUGCAUAUCAAUUCUUCAUCCACCCGGUGAAGACCCAAAUGGUUAUGAACUUCCAAGUGAGCGAUGGACGCCGAUACACACAGUUGAGAGUAUAGUUCUGAGUAUUAUUUCAAUGCUUUCAAGUCCAAAUGAUGAAUCUCCAGCAAAUGUUGAAGCUGCUAAGGAAUGGAGAGAAAAUAGGGACGCAUUCAAGAAGAAGAUCGGUCGCGUUGUCAGAAGAUCCCAGGAAAUGAUGUGAGAUUGGCAAGCAGCCAUCUAAAAGGAUUUCAAGUUCGCCCAAUUCUGCAAGCCAUCAUUAUUGUUGUCUGCAAAUUUUAAGUGUUUAACCGUCUGAUCAGACUUUAACAUGAAGUGCAGGCAUGCUCUGGAGAUAAUGGUCUUCCAGAUAUAUGACUCGAGGUCGUUCUAGUUAAUUUCAGUGUGCCUAGUCUUUGAACUG